AUGAACCCGCAACUGGUACCAGGUACUCCAGGCGCUACUCCAGCAACGGCAGCGGACAUAGCGAUGGUUACGGUGCAAAUGAGAGUUCCAGAAUUUUGGAGAGAACUACCGAGGUCGUGGUUCUGUCAAUUCGAGGCGAUUAUGGCACCACAGAAACAAGGCGACACGCAGAAGUACGACAUGGUGUUGGCAAAAUUACCCACAGACGUUUUGCAGCAGGUAACCGAUAUUAUCGAAGCACCACCGGAAUCACGCAAGUACGAGAUCAUAAAAGAGCGCUUACUGUUGGUUUAUGAAGAGAGUGCAGACAAACAAUUUCAGAAAUUGAUGCACGAAAUGGACCUGGGCACACAAAAACCGUCGCAGUUACUCAGGAAGAUGACAACGCUAGCAAAAAAAUGCAAUCUGACAGAAGAACCACUCAAGAGGCUAUGGUUAGACAAGCUCACACCUAAUGUGCGCGCACUACUGGCAAUGAGUGAGGAUACCAAGUUGGAGGAGAUGGCCAAGAAGGCGGAUAAAAUAUUAGAAACCCUUGGAAGCGGCGAGGUUGCAUCUAUAACGCCGAGUACGUCGACAGCAGGACCCAGCGAAAACGACAGCGUAGCUAAUCACUUAAAAGAAUUAGCAAUGGAAAUGAAGGAAUUGCGUGGAGAAAUAAAUGAGAUCAGGAACAGAAACAGAGGCAGCGCAAGAGACACAGACGGAGGUGGGCGAUGGCAACAACGUCCCAGAUCCAAAAGCCGGACGCGGCGAACACCAGAUUCUCCCGACUGGCUAUGCAGACACCAUUACCGCUACAGGAGCAAUGCGCGGACGUGUGAAGCACCGUGCAGCUGGGCCAAGAAGCAGCGGAAGCAGGAAAACUAG